AUGGAAUCAAACGACGAUUUUUGGGUACUUCUUCGAGAUAUGUAUGGCUCUCAUCGUCGGCGAAGGGUAUUUUAUUUGUAAUGGAGCGCUGCUUAUAUUAUUCAUAUCAUUAUGCUUACAUCAUCGAGCAUUUGGUAGAAUGUUUCGACGUUGCGUGUUUGAAUUGGAAGAUCCCAACCGAGAUGCGUUUGAGGUUUUACGGGUGAUUCACGAUUUUCAUAAAACGAUCAAAGGGUGGUUUUCAGAAACAUCAGAAGUGUACAGCCCCUAUAUUUUGGUUCAAUUAAUUUUUACUGUACUCAUGAUGAUUUGUUUGCUUUUCCAAUUGGACCUAGAACUAAAUCACAUUGACUUCAACAUCAAUAUAAUUCUAUUGACUUUUGCAACCAGCGCAUCAAACCUAUUUAUCUACUGUUAUUUUGGUAAAAUGGCCACCGAAAGCUAUGCGCAAAUAUCGGAUUGUUUGUUCGAGUCAAAUUGGUAUACACAUCCAGUUAACUUGCAAAAGCAUUUCAUCCUUUUGAUAGCGAAUGCACAGACAUCACUUUUCUAUCAUGGAUUCGGAUUCACAGUGUUAAACUUGCAAACAUUUAAUACGAUGUUCAGAACUGUAAUCACGUAUUAUAUGGGGCUUAAAACGUUGACAUCCAAAUGAGUAAUUACAACUUCGGCUAAUAAUCAAAUAUCUUAUCACAUCAUAU